UCCAGAAGAUGAAGAAUUAAUUUGAGAGGGGAUGAUGGUCUGCGGUGGACCGAACUGGAUAAUGCGGCAAGAGUAGAAGAGGAAAGAAACCCCCGGCACCACCGCUACCACCGGUAACGGCUAUUUUCUCCCCGAUCUCCAUGGCGGCGGCUCCCCUGGCGUUCGCCUACUAUCAUGUCUCUCUCUCGUCCGACGCCUCCGCCCUUCCUCCUCUCAGGAAGAAGCGGCCAGCUCCUCAUGUCCCCUCCCCUCUUCUUUGGCAGCCGACGGACCGGAAGAGGGCUGCUCGCGUUCGAAUCUCCGCCGCCGCCUCGUCCAAGAACCGCUCGUCCCCUCGGUUUUACAGAUACAAAAAGCUAAUAGCGAGAAAUCACAUGAUUCGCUUGCAGCACCAUGUUUCUGCAAUUUCACAGGAGUCUUCAGAUCCAUGUCGUAUUCCAACAUCAUCAGUCUUCUCAUGGUUAUAUCAUGGACUGAAGGGACAUGAGUGUGCAAUUGCUGCAAUGCUCAUAUUUGCUCAAAUAUCAUUUCCACUAUCUAUGAGCAAUUGGAGCCCAUGGUUGGCUUCUACUGCAAAUGCAGUGCUUUAUUCACCUGACACCAAGGUUCCAAGAACUGGAGAACUUGCGUUGAGGAGGGCUAUUCCUGCCAAUGCUAACAUGAAAGCAAUACAGGAGUCUCUGGAGGACAUCUCAUACUUGUUAAGAAUACCUCAGAGAAAGCCUUAUGGUACAAUGGAAGGUGAUGUCAAGAAAGCAAUAAAGAUUGCAACUGAGGAGCAAGAAUCAAUCUUGGGCAGUAUACCAAAAGAAUUUAAGGAAAAGGGUUCUAUGCUGUAUGCUUCUCUUCUAGAUGGAAAGGGGGGAUUGCAGAACCUCAUUGAGUUUAUAAAGGAAAAGGACCCAGAUAAGGUAUCUUUAGGUCUGUCUUUAUCUCUUGACACUGUUGCGGAACUGGAGUUAUUGCAGGCUCCAGGAUUGUCAUUUCUAUUGCCUGAGCAGUACUUGAAAUAUCCAAGGUUAACAGGGAGGGGAACUGUUGAAUUCACCAUUGAGAGAGGUGAUGGUUCCACAUUCUUUCCGACAGCUGGCGGUGAACCAAAAAGCCUUGCUACAGUUCAGGUUGUCAUUGAUGGAUAUUCUGCUCCACUGACAGCAGGAAAUUUUGCGAAAUUGGUGCUUGAUGGUGGAUAUGAUGGGGUGAGGCUGAAAUGUACAAACCAAGCUAUUCUUUCAGAUAAUGAACCCGAGAGGUAUGGAUACAGUGUGCCCCUAGAAGUAAUGCCUUCUGGACAGUUUGAACCACUAUACAAGACAACUCUCAGUGUUCAGGAUGGGGAGCUCCCCGUGCUUCCUUUAUCUGUAUAUGGAGCAAUUGCAAUGGCACAUAGUGUGGACUCUGAUGAGUAUUCUUCACCAUCUCAGUUUUUCUUCUAUCUCUAUGAUAAGAGAAAUGCCGGCUUAGGUGGGUUGUCUUUUGACGAAGGUCAAUUUUCUGUUUUUGGAUAUACAACUGCUGGAAGAGAAGUACUUUCGCAGAUUAAAACGGGAGACUUGAUUCGAUCAGCAAAGUUAGUACAAGGCCAAGAUCGCCUUAUACUGCCAGAUGCAAAUUGAUCCACUCUGCUGCUGCUGAUUAUGUUCCUUUCGUUCUUUUGUGCAUUGCUCCAGAGAAGGCAUGGAUCUGUUUUCUGGCAGCUGCAGGUCGGGCCAUUGAUGAAUUGCUUAUGUAUUUAUUGUACAUCAAAAUCACGAGCAUUUCGUGCUUAACACAAGCACUUGUGGUUGCUUGUAGCAUACUUUCAUGACCUCCAUUUUUCCGUUUUACAUGUCAGUUCUGGUGAAAAGCUCGUUUAGUGUGUUAUCAUCACAUCUAAAUUUUCUUUUUGGUUUUGAUUCACUACAUUUUAUUUAGAUAGCGCUUGGACACCUGUAACUGGAUGUAAGUGAAUCUUAGUUGCAGGAGGUGGUCCGUUUCUGGAUUGUUAUAAAUCGACUUAAAUACAUUUUGAGAGUC